AUGUAAUAUUAACCAGCAUACUAAUAACCAUAACAGCAAUAUAUCAACCCUGGGUAGAUUGAUACCUCUUUUAACUCAGGAUUAGAUGCUAUCUCUAGAUGUCCAAGUGUUUUCAUCAAAUAACGUCCCGACUAUUUGGAAUCUUUAGGAUUCUGCGAGAAAAAAAAUGUUUAUUAUGUUUAUUAAUCCGAUACCAUGGGAAAUAAACCUGAUUUUAAGCAUCAAGCUCCUAUUUUUAAAUGUAAGGAGGAAAGCAGCUGUUGGCAAAGAAAUUGUCUUCCAGGUGCUUGUCGAGCUUUUGAUUUGAAAGUCAAAUAAUAUGACUAAAAAUAAGACACAAAUACAGUAUUUAAAUUGAGUAGAGAGUUCAAAUGCACAUUUCUUUGUCUAGCUCGACCUAUGAUGGAAGUUUAACUAUAAAAUGGAGGGAAAAUAGGCUAUAUAUGUUAUCCAUUUAUGUGUUGUGAUAAGGGAGUUGAAAUAAGAGAUGAGAAUAAUUCAUUAAUAUAUUCUGUUAAAGGAAGUUGUUGUCAAUGGCCAUUUUUAGUGUAAUUACCUUGUGAAGCAUGCUAAAGAGCUAGAUUUGAUAUUUUGGAUUCACAAGGAUAGAAAGUUUCGGAAUUGUGGAAAGAAUCUGCAGGGUUUUGCAAUGCAUUAUGUAAUGUAGAUGCAACAAACUUUAGAUUAAUGUUUCCAGUGCAAUCCACCAGUAGAUAGAAGGCUCUUUUAUUAGCAGCUGCCUUAUUCAUUGACUUUAAUUAUUUCGAAGAAUCUCCUUAAGAUUAGAAUCAAAAUUCCAUGUGAUUUUUACAAUAUUUUAGAUUAAUUAUUUAUCAUCUUAA